AUGAGCCUACGAUCAAUACUCGGUGGCGGCCGAGUCAAAAAGUCAAAACCUACCAAAUCUCCGGCUGCAUCCCCACGCAAGAACAACGGAACCAGCAGUCCGCGGACAGGCGGGGGUGCCAAGAAGAAGAAGGUCGAACCAGAUUCAGACGGCGAUGAUGAUUACUUCAACGACAGGCUCGACGAUGCCGGGCUGGUCGCGGCACUGGCGACGGACAUGUCUCUCCGGGAUGUCGUGCAGGCCAUCAGGUACACCCGCAACCACAUGUUCGGCCCGGUCCCCACGGAGGCGGCGGGCAUGAAGUCCACGCGCAUCGCCGAGGUGCUAAACUACCGUAAAGCAAUGCCGGGGCUCGUGACGGUCUCGCACCUGCACGCGCUGCUGGCCUCUCCAACGGCGGUGGAACGGGAGGUCGCAGAGUUGGAGCGCGGCGGAGCGGUUCGAAAGAUCUACGUGCAACGUCGCGGAGGGCUGGGCGAGGCGCUUAUCCAGAGUUCCGAGUUAGAGGAGAUGAUCACGCAGGCCGCGGGUGCGGGGCUUGACGAUGAGACCAAGGCCGUUUUCUCGAGAUAUCUCAAGGAGAACCCGCAGGCGCAGACGAUGCCGCGCUCUGCUUGCAAUUACAAGCAGGCUGACGCCUUGGUAAGGGCCGGGUUCCUGACGGCCAGGAUACACUCAGGAGACGUAAAUACGCCGUUGAUGAAUCUUCAUUUACGCCCGGAGGUGCGCGCCAGCUUGACGAGUAUCGAGACGGUAUCUCGCGCAGCGUCCGGCAGCUUCGACGCCGUGGGCGGGCAAGGAGCAAUACAUGCCGCGGGUGGUGGGGGAGGGGCGCCGCAGUUGCCCCGCGCCGACGCGUCAUCUCCGGGAGCCGAUUUCACACUCGCGGUCCCCGGGAAUGGGUCAUUCCUCAAGCUAACCGCCGCCGCGGUGGAACAUCUUUCCAAGCUGCUGUCUAAAUCGCAAUUUAGGGAGAUGCCCGUGUCUAUGCUAAAGGAGCGAUGGGAAGGUGGCGUGGCCCGUGACGAGGCGCGCCUGGCAAGGAGGGCCAGGGGAGAGUUCGCCGGAGUGAUGCCAGGAAGGACGAAGAGAUGGAAAGACUUUUACGGACUGGAAUUUGACUGGGUACUGGAGGAGGCCAUGGGUGCUGGUCUAGUUGAAGUCUUCGAGACACGGAGUGUUGGUAGGGGAGUCCGUUUGCUGUAG